AUGUCUAUCACUGUCAAAUGUCGACCCAUGGUCAUUUGCUCCCAGGAAAAUAAUCUCUCUCAGUACCAUUUCCUCUUUGCCCACCACCAUCACUACCACCAUCAGAUUGGAUCGUUUCCAGAGUUUUCCCUUCAGGGCAUUUAUAACCUGAAAACAACCCAGGCACCAAUAGCAGCAGCUGCAGGGAUGCCAUUGGAACUAUCCCCCCACCCCCACUCUGAGAUUGUUCCCAAGAUCAUCUCACAGCCCAUGCCUCACGAGGGUGGCUCAGCCCUCUCUCCUUCAGCAACAAUUAGCCAGAAAAGGGCUCAAGAACAGGCAGCAGCUCUUGCCAGGGAAGUCAACUGUCCAACCUCUCCUGAAGGUGAUAUGAUGUCUUGCCUCCGCCAGAAACCUGCUGACAUCCUCAAUAAUGCUCAAACCAAGCUCUUGGCAAUAAGCGGCCCAUUUCAUUACUGGGGACCAGUGGUUGAUGGUGUCUAUCUCCAAGAGGCUCCAACUAGAGCAUUACGGCGAUCUCCAAGGAUGAAAAUAGAUGUGCUCAUUGGAAGCGCCCAACGAGAUGGGCUGAUCAACAGAGCAAAGGCCAUUAAGAAAUUUGAAGAGAGUCAAGGCCGGACCAGUAGCAAAACAGCCUUUUACCAAGCUCUUCAGAAUUCCCUGGGUGGAGAGAACUCAGAUGCCAGCAUUGAAGUGGCAGCAACUUGGUAUUAUUCCCUUGAGCAUUCAACUGAAGAUUACUCAUCAUUCUCCAGGGCACUGGAAAAUGCUACUCGGGACUACUUUAUCAGCUGCCCCAUUAUUGACAUGGCUAGUCACUGGGCAAGGGAAACCCGAGGGAACAUCUACAUGUACUACGUGCCUGAAACCUACUCUCAGAACAGCCUAGAGUUGCUGGCUGAUGUCCAAUACGCCUUUGGACUACCCUUCCAUCCUCAGUACAAGCAGCAGUUUACUCUGGAAGAAAAAAACCUGUCAUUGAAAAUAAUGCAGUAUUUCACCAAUUUCAUCAAGACAGGAAAUCCCAAUUAUCCUUAUGACUUCUCAAGGAAGGUACUAGAGACUACAGCCUUAUGGCCAGAAUUCCUACCCCACACUAAUGGAGAUAACUAUAAAGAAUUUAGUCCUGGACUUCCAAACCACCAGGGAUUGAAAAAAGACGAAUGUUCCUUCUGGUCCAAGUACAUCCAAACACUGAAAGCAUCUACAGCACUGCCUACUCCCUUCCUGGCCAUCUCCGUCCCCAGAAAGGUUUGCCUUCUGGUCAGCUACGUCGGGCGCCAUUUGCCUUUGGCUGUUGGUGGGCAGGAUGACUUCUCCUCCACUUCUGGGACUGGAAGCCAGUCCUCGGCUCUGCCUGGGCAGACAUUAAAGCAAACUGAAGAGAGCAAUGGCUACGGGUUCAGUGAAGCUGAGAACCAGCAGCCAUUGGUGGCAGAAGAGGAGCUUGGCCCUGGUGUUCCUGAGGAGGGCCAGAAAAGCUACAGCAAAUAA